AUGGGAGCCAAAAUUGGUAAUGCUGCAAGGAUUGAUGAAGUACUGUGGAACACUGAAGAGAGGAUGAGUCCCACACAGGGGAAGCUAGUGGGCGGCCAAUUGCUUGGAGAAAUAGAAGGACAACAGGUAACUACUUGCUUUAACUACAUUACUCCAUGGGAUUUGGUCGCAUAUGGGAAACUUGGAAGGAAUCGUGGAGCAGAAAAGUGGAGCGGCCAGGUGAUGGAUAUAACCAGAAAGAUAAUGGAAAAGAACUUGUUGGGGAGUCGAACUCUACUGAGGGAGCUCGUAUGCUAA